UCCUUGCUGUCUUCUCAAUAUCAUCCUCACAUCCUCACAAGUUUUCUCCUCGAGCCAAAAGCAACUCAAACGAUGAUCUCAGCUGAAUCUAUUUUCGACAACUUGACUAGGAGCCAUGACAGAAGCAAGGAGUUCAUCUUCAUGGAUGAAUCUGAAAGCACGGAAGCAUCGUUGGACUAUGUUCUUGCUGGGAAGCUGCAAGCGGUAACUGCCAGUACUAGUAACUCGGAUUGGAAGUCAAGUCGUGGGCACGGUCGCGAAUCAGUGAAUCCAAAAAGACUUGCAGCUCAGCAGGAUCGAUUAGGCAGUGUCCUCAAGUCUCGUAGGAAAGACCGUCAGAACGAAGAAGCUGAAUUCGAAGCCUUUCCAGUUGACGAAACAGUGCAGAUUAGAAAACCUAAAUCCAAAGAAGUGCGUGGACGAGGUCGAGGCAAGGAAGCAGACAGGGCUAUGGGUCGUCGUAGUAGCAGUCUUGGUCCAAUGAUGAAAAACGUGCUCAAGGGUAUCAAGCUGCUCAGUCAACAACCUGAGGCAACAGAGGUGCAGGAAAGCAUUCAAAACAGACGGCGAAGUCGCAGUGCAAGUCCCAUGAGAAGUGUUGAAGCUUCUAUGUGUAACAAGCAAGUUGACAAGGAAGUCGCAGCCAAAGAAGAACGCGCCAGAACUCAAGAGAAAGGGGCUACCGGUAGCACUGGUCGUAGUAGCAGUGCCAGCGGCAUUCGAAGCGUGGCAGCAGCAACGACUGUUGCCAGUGAUGACAGGCGUGGUCGACGUCGGUGCAAGAGAGGAGCACAAGGAAGCACGGAGCGCAGCCGCAGUGCGAGCGCCAACAGGAGCUUGACAGUCAAGGAAUCUAACGUUCGCAGUGCAAGGAGAAGCAUGAAUACUCUUACCAAACAGUCGGACCAAGAAGUUCCAGCACCAACGAAACAAUCGAGUGCGCGGUGUCUCAAGAUGCAUCGAACGAACAGUGACAGGCGUGGAGGCCGCCGGUCUCUUUCCCCACCACGCACAUUGCAGAGGAGUCCCUCGAGUAACCGUAUGGCUAGUCCCCGUGUCGCAACGAGACAGUCGAGCUCUCGAGCGCUCAAAGCGCAAAGAACUCGGAGUGGCGGGAGUCGUCGCAGCCGAUCUCUUUCCCCUCCACGAAAUUUGGAGCGGAGUCCUUCAAGCAGUCGAGUUGUGAUGGCGUCAUCCAGUCGAGGACCGCAGCUCAAACGCAUGGGAACAGUUCCUCAGUUGAGUGCCAUGGAGUCGGGAAUGGACGAUAGCUCUGCUGGUUGGAACAACUUUGUCAUUGAUCGCAAGAAUGGAGCACUCGAACAACCAGGGGAAGAAGGGUGGUCAGCAGCCAAUGCAACUGCGUUCCCACAAGCCAUGCAGACAGUGAGCUCUGUUCAACGUGAGAUUCAGAGCUGUCGUCGCUUGACACGAAGGGGGCUCCAUGAUGGCGGGACAAAGAAGAAACGCGCAAAAUCCCCCGUCACGACCUGGCAUCGUAGAAACACCAAGGCAGCCGACAAGUUCUCGAGGGCUCUCAAUGCCCAACGACCUACUGCUAGAGACGAAGACAAGAAACAGAAGCUGAAGAAACCGACUUCGAUGCCUAGCUUGCUUCACUCUCCAGGAUCUGGUCGCGCCGAGCUGCAGGAGCGAAGGAACGCAGACUUCCUUCAUUCGUCGGACAGUGCUCUUCCUCUGGACUUUUUGGGUCGUAAGGUGAAACGGAGCAAUAGCAAAAGGGCUUUGAAGACUGAGGGGAAGACUGUUUCUUCACCCUGCAAGAAGAACAGCAGUAGUACCAAUAUCCUGGGAGCAUUGGCCAAGAAGAAGAAGAAGAAUGGGGCAUCUUCGAGCCGCAACAAGUCUCCAACAAGGAUUCGCUACCUGGAUGAUGACAACCUUGUAGGUGUCUUCUCAGCCAACCCUCAGUUCCAUUCUUCCGACUCUGCUCAUCGGGUGGGGUCGUCGUCCUCGACGCCAUCACUUACGAAGAUGACGCGAACAGGGAGCAAGAACGAGGCGUUGGACAGUGGACUCCACACACCGUCGUCUAGCAAGAAGAGCAGCAGCACCAGUGGCCUUGACGCUCUGUCCAAAAAGAAGAGAAAGACUGGCAGCCGCAGUGGUCUCUCCUCGAUGAACCGCAAGAGAGAUAAGAGUCCUACAAGAAGUCGAAAGGCGAGCAAUGACCCAGUUCGCGAACUUCGAGCCUUGGCAGCCAACUCUCCUAAGAAGCUGCCAUCGUCCAGCGAGGACAAAGCGGCAAGACUCGACGAGCUCCGAGCCAAAUUGAGCACCAGUUUGGUUGUCUCCCAAGAACCAGGUGUCAAGGUCUCCGUCGGACCCAAGGCGUGUUAGGCGAGGAAGCGCAGCCAUGAAUGCAUGGGGAGAAGACAGAGUAUUUAAGAGCGCUGGCGCUGCACAGCCCGAACUAGUGCAUAAUACUGUGGAGAGCAAUACCAACAGCUAGACUAGAGUUAUGAUGUCUUUCUUAUGUAAAAUGUAUACUAGUAUCUUUUAUUCCU